AGGUGUGGCCUCUCAAAGACAGGAAUACAACAUGAGGGCUGAAUAAAACCUGAGCACAGCACUGACCUGCUCUGUUACACUUGCUGUCUACACUUGGACCAUGGCUCGAUCUCUCCUAUUGUGGAUCCUGGUCCUCAAUGCCUCGCUCAACCUGUCAGAAAGCCAUAAUCCAGAGUUCAAAGAGAGCAAARACUAYGAGGUGGUUCGACCUGUCAGACUUCACACAGUCAGCAAAAGAAAUGCAGAGCACCUUAGACCAGAGACGAUGAAGUAUGCAAUGACUGUGGGAGGAAGAGACAUCGAGAUGCAACUUGAAAAAAAUAACAAAUUGUUAGCCAAAGGCUACACAGAGACCUACUACCAGGAAGAUGGAAGUCUAGUCACCACAGACCCAGAUGACAUUGAUUAUUGUUAUUACCAUGGAAAGAUUGUAAAUGACAGUGGAUCAUCUGUCAGCAUCAGUACUUGUGACGGACUCAGGGGUUACUUCAGAACAUCGGCCCAGAAGUACCUGAUUGAGCCCUUGUCUGGUGAUGAUGAAGGGGAUCAUGCAGUGACAACUUUCAACAGCAGCAGUUUCACCCCUGCAGUGUGUGGUGUCACCAACAGCACCUGGAAUGAUGACUACGAACCUCCAACGAGCCGCAGCCGUUCCAGAUCAGGGGUUGUUUCUAUGGUUUAUCAGCAGAAAUACAUCGAGCUUUUUCUUGUUGCUGAUUAUCGCGAGUACAUAAAGCUGAACAAGGACCUGACCAUGCUGAGAAAGAGGAUCUUUGAAAUCGUCAAUUUUGUCAACAUGGCAUACAAACCCCUGAAGACCUUCAUUGCUCUGGUGGGUCUGGAGGUCUGGACGAAUGGUGACUUGAUCACUGUGACCCCUCCAGCUGGGGCCAACCUGGAUGCCUUCUUGACGUGGAGAAAUGCUGAUCUGAUUAAAAGAAAAAAACACGACAAUGCACACCUCAUUAGUGCUAUUGACUUUGAAGGAGCAACGGUUGGUCUUGCUUACAUUGGAACGCUCUGCGCUGAUCACUCCGUUGGUGUAAUUCAGGAUCACAAUGACCAGGCUAUUGCAGUGGGAGCAACUCUGGCCCAUGAAAUGGGCCACAACCUGGGCAUGAACCAUGAUGACUCCACCGCCUGUACUUGUUCUGCAGACAGCUGCAUCAUGGCUGCAGCCCUGAGCUGGAAAAUCCCACGCACUUUCAGCAGCUGCAGCAGUAGCACCUAUGAAAAAUUCCAGACAGAUCGGAACCCCAGCUGCAUGUUGRACAAACCAGACUACAGGGGUAUUGAGGCUGCUCCAGUCUGUGGAAAUGGUUUUGUGGAGAGAGGAGAGCAGUGUGACUGUGGCACUCUACAGGAGUGCAGUGAUCCAUGCUGCAAUGCCACUACGUGCAUGCUGACAACAGGCUCACAGUGUGCAGAGGGCGAGUGCUGCGACAACUGUAAAAUCCUGCCUCCGUCCCACGAGUGCCGCAGGAAGCAGGACGAGUGCGACCUGGCAGAGUACUGUGACGGGAAGAGUGCCACCUGUCCCGAGGAYGUGUUUGCUGUGAACGGGCUCCCCUGUGACAGAGGCCGAGGUUACUGCUACRACGGCCUGUGUCCCCAGAGGUCCACCCAGUGCAUCAAGCUCUAUGGAACGUCUGCCACUGAGGCSCCUGCUGACUGCUACAACUACAACAAAAAAGGACUCUACUAYGGUUUCUGCAAACACCUCUCCAACAACCAGUUCAUCCCCUGCCAGGCAGCGGAUGUUUUGUGUGGGAAGCUCUUCUGCCAGGGCGGCAAUGACAACCCCUCCUACGGUCGAAUGGUUUCUGUCGGCUCCUGUAAGGCCGCUUUCUUUGAYGAUUACACCAAAGACUACGGACAGGUAGAUGAAGGGACGCCAUGUGGAAAUGGAAAGGUGUGCCGCCAGAAUCAGUGCAUGACACUUGAGGCGGCCUACAGAAACACAAACUGCUCUGAUAAAUGCCCUGGUUUUGCUGUGUGUAACCACAGGAGUGAGUGUCAGUGUGAGCCCGGCUGGUUGCCUCCUAGCUGCGACUCAAAGACUGAAUCAGUCAAGUCACUUUCUACUGGAGCAAGCAUCGCCAUCGCACUGGCGGUUACUCUAAUAGUCCUUGGUGUCAUUUUUGGUGUACUGGGCUUCAUGUGGAAAAAACGACAACAUCCCACCCUGCCGGUAGCACAGCCCCAGAGGAAACAGGCAGCACAGAGCAACUUCACUCCUCACCUGAACAAACACACAGAGAUCAGUCAGCCCACACCUGACAUACAGGUACUAAAGCCCAAAGGAGCUCCACCUCCACCACCUCCAGCAGGGAACCGUCCCAAACCUUCAAAUCAGAACUACAUGGCUGCUCGUCAGGCUCUGAGACCAGUUCCUCCUCCAAAGGUUUGACGUCAACAAAAUGUCCACUAUUCAGAAAGCAGGAGAAGAUUUCUCUUUAGUCCUGAAAAAGAAGAUAAUCACACAUCUGUUACUGCUGCACCAUGGACAAUGGCAUGCCUAUUCAACAAGUGGCCUGUGGGCAGGAUACAGCUCUUUUUAAACUUUCUUUGGUCCCCACAAAGCUUCCAGAAGCCCAGUCUGAGUGUAAUGCUAAAUGUAUGUAAUAAGUGUUAAUUAUUUUAUACACUGAGUGCCACUUUAGGCUAAUAGAAGUCUACAAGAAAGGAUUUUUGGAAAACCAUGAUGAUGCAGAGGGGCUUGGUGGGUAUGAGCACCUGCAAGCAGAUGGCUGACCGACUUCUCUGUCUGAUAAAGCUGCAGUACGAACAGAAGACAGCAUGUAAGCAAAAACUGUUAACAUGUCUCCUUUUAAGAGUGAAACUAUAUUUGGAUAUUUCAAAACAAAUGGAUUUUUUUCAACUUUGUUUACAGCAAACCAGUAUUUACGUUUUAAAACAUUUCUGUACAUGAAACAACAAACUUAUAGCCAUUUUAGUCAAACUAUGAAAAUAAUAAUUUGAGCAUUUCACCAUGAUAUCACAAGGUGUCAAACUGGAAGCAUGUUCUGUGACUGACACUCAGCUAUUACCACAAAAUUUAGAUCAAUACAACAGACUGAGUUAAAAGCUUUUCUGUAUUGGAUGAUGUUGAGUUGGCAGCCAUCAUACAUUGGACUAACUCCAUCAUUUAUUUCCCUGAAAGUCCCAUCAACCUUCAUCCAGCAACUCCUGAGGUAUUUUACUAACAAACGCAGAGUUGGCUCCAAAUCAUAUAUAAUAAUCAUAUCAUAUUAUAAUCUGACAUUUAAAGCAAAAAUGUGCUCAAUCUUAGCCUACAAACAUGUUUAACUGUAACUGGUUAACUCUGCCAAUGUUAUAAUGACCAACACACACACACACACACACACACACACACACACACACACACACACACACACACACACACACA